GCGGCGGCGGCGGCAGCUCCUGCGGCGGCGGCGCCUGCGGCGACAGGGGCGGCGUCGGCUGCCACCGCGUCCCGCUGGACGAGGGUGGCGGGCUCGCGCGGAGCGAACCGCCUCAAGCGGUGGGCGGUGGGCGGCGUCGCCACCGCCAUCCACUUGCUGCGCAACCGUUUUGUGAAGCUGCGCAAGUCUGCUGCUGCUGCUGCUGCUGCUGCCACGGCAACACCCAUCCCCCGGCCUCCUCCCGCCGCCGCCAGCCUGACGCCCCCACCCGCCGUCGCCGCCGCGGGCACGCCCAACAACCCGGGCGUGCUGGGCGUGGUGAUGGGCCUGCUCGGUGCCCUGUUUUGGUAGGUUGCGAGGUCGCUAGGGGCAGAGAGUGCACUGCUUGGAUGCUGCUUGCAGAUUUUUUGGUUGCGCCGCGCUGCUCGCAUGAUAAAUUGAUGCCGCCGCAGGCCCGCGCCUGUCGUCUGUGACGCACACAACGCAUGCAUGCAUGUUCCAAGUUCCAUGAGUAUCUCAGCGUGUCGAGCUGCGGUCGUCGGCGCUGAUGGCGGUCGAGCUCGAGGACGCCCAGCGGAAUCCGUGAUGGUCGCGCCUAGGGUGUCU